CGAUCGUCUCCGUAGCGCAACGGCAGUCGCCAUGUUUGAAGAGGGCGAUGCGUUGUCGUUGUGACCUCGUAAAAUGCUCAAAAUUCCGUACGAAUUUCGCGACUGACCGUUUACGUGGAGUAUCCAAUUGUUGCGCCCGUCGCGAUAUAAACGGUAAACGUGACUUUUUCGUCGGAUGGGCAGUUUUCACGUGGAAAUUUAGUGAUACAUGAUGAAGUGUAGACGAUGAGUGACGAAGCGGUGGGGGCUGGUCAAAGUGGUCAGCCCCCAAAGGAAGACGUCUCUACGCGACCACCAAUUCAAUAUACACAAGUGGGUGGGCGCCAAUACAUUAUUUCUUCAACAUUAGCCACAUCGCAGAGUCAUAACAUGCCUGCCUUAGCACAGAUAACUACCGGAAAUGUAACACAUUUAAUUAACUUAAGUCCUGUUCGAAAUCAAGCGACGACAUUACGUCCGAGUUUAACAAAUCAAAGCAUAGUGAACGCGCUAACAAAAUCUCCUCGCACCUCGAAUACUAACGUACGGCUGCAGUUAUUUUCUAGUGGUAGCACAGACACCAUUCAACAGCAGCAACCAAGGGCACCAGUAAAACGUUCGCUUUCAUCCACAUCGCCCGAAAAAAAGGACACAUACUCGGUGAAAUUACAACGAGUGAUGAAUCAUCGGAACGUUCGGUCGAAAAUCGUCAAAGAAAAGUACAAUGAGCAUUUGCUUGAGUGCUUUUUUCUCGAGUGCGGUGGUAAUAUACUUGAUCUCUAUCAAUUCGCAAAGCGGCCGAGGACUCAGCAGUUUGUGAACUAUCUCAAGGAAAAUGCCAUUGAUCCUAAGGAGCAUGUCGAAGAUAUUACCGCAAAAGUUAAUGUUCCCCCCACACCUCCAGCUGCAACCGCAGUUAGUUCUUUACCUGGUAGUACAGUUACGACUAGUACACCAGUUUCUACCAUGGUUACUACUUCACAUGUAUCUCAAGCAGUUGCUACACCAACAGAAGUGAAUUCAACGCCUAAAUUAAGUGUAGGGAAUAAAACAAAAACUGGUGGGUUUACAAAUUCUAGUGGAGGUGGUGGCGGAAAUCAAGAACUUAUUGUUGAAAGAGCUAAACAAGAAGCAUAUGUUGUACAAAGAAUUAGUGAUUUACAAAAAGAAGGUCUCUGGUCUGAAAGGCGAUUGCCAAAAGUACAAGAGACAGUUAGAGGAAAAGUUCACUGGGACUUCUUGCUGGAGGAGAUGGCCUGGUUAGCGACGGAUUUUGCGCAGGAACGCAAGUGGAAAAAAGCGGCAGCAAAAAAAUGUGCGAGAAUGGUCCAAAAAUAUUUCCAAGACAAAGCACUAGCUGCUCAAAAGGCUGAAAAAGCCCAAGAGCAGAAUAUUCGACGUUUGGCGAAUUUUUGCGCGAAAGAAAUUAAAAUGUUUUGGAGUAACGUUGAGAAAUUGGUUGAAUAUAAACUUAACACUCGGUUAGAAGAAAAACGUAAAAAGGCUCUUGACCAACAUCUCAGUUUUAUUGUUGACCAAACCGAAAAGUAUUCCCAGUUGUUAGCUGAAGGUAUGAAUAAACCUCUAGAACCUGCAGCUCCCGUCGUACCAAUCAGCAACGCAUCGUCUCGUUCCGAAUCUAGGGUUAAUUCAGAUGAGGAAUUUCGUCCAGAUAGCGAAAAUAGUUCAGAUGAUGAAGAAACAAUCGCUCAAGAAGAAGCCACUAACAAAGAAGAAGAAAGCGCGGAAGUGGCGGCGCUUCAAAGAGAAUCCGAAAUGGACUUUGAAUCGUUUUUGAACGAAUUACCCAAAGAUUAUUUACAAAAUAGAGAUAAAAUUCGAUUAAGUGAUGCGGAAUCUGAUAUGGAAAACGAAUCGGAAAUUAAAGAAUCUGAAAAACCAUCUAAAAAUAAAGAUGGCGAUUUUGUUGCCCACUCCUCCAGUGAUGAAGAUAACGAAGAUACCAUACAAGAACAAGAAGACGCCGAAGGUCAACAAGACCAUAAAAAAGAAUUAGACGAUUUAGAAGCAGAAAAUGAAAUGAGUAUAGAAGAAUUAAGGAAGAAAUACGCAAAUUUACCGCCUAUAAAUGAAGACACGAAUAUGUCCGCAUCUACAGACGAAUUUGUUCCGUCUAUGGAUGAAGGCAGUUCAUCUGACGAAGCUUCAAGUGAAGAUGAAAAACCUUUAGAUAGUAGCGAACAUGACGAAGAAGAUGAAGUCGGAUUAAAAUUGUUGUUAGAUGAUGAUGAAAUGACUGUUGAAUCACAAAAGGAUGAUGAGGGAGAGGAUAAAAAGACUGAUAAUAAUGAUCUUAUCAAUGACGCUGCGGCUAUAGCGGAAAGUAUACAACCGAAAGGGAAUACUUUGUCUUCCACUAGUGUUGUCACUCCUGUUCCUUUUUUAUUAAAGUUACCAUUAAGAGAAUAUCAACACAUUGGUUUAGAUUGGUUAGUUACAAUGUUUGAAAGGAAAUUAAAUGGUAUCUUAGCUGAUGAAAUGGGUUUAGGUAAAACAAUUCAAACGAUAGCACUAUUAGCUCAUUUAGCAUGUGAAAAAGAAAAUUGGGGACCACACUUGAUUAUUGUUCCCACAUCAGUGAUGUUAAAUUGGGAGAUGGAAUGUAAGAAGUGGUGUCCAGCUUUUAAAAUUUUAACUUAUUAUGGAUCGCAAAAGGAACGGAAAAUGAAGCGCACUGGUUGGACGAAACCGAACGCUUUUCAUAUUUGUAUCACAUCCUACAAGUUAGUUAUUCAAGAUCAUCAGAGUUUUAGAAGGAAAAAAUGGAAGUAUUUAAUUUUGGAUGAGGCACAAAAUAUUAAAAAUUUUAAAUCGCAAAGGUGGCAGUUAUUGCUUAACUUUCAAACACAACAACGAUUAUUACUAACUGGUACUCCCCUUCAAAACAAUUUAAUGGAAUUAUGGUCUUUAAUGCACUUUUUAAUGCCUAAUGUAUUCCAAUCUCACAGAGAAUUUAAAGAGUGGUUUUCUAAUCCUGUUACAGGAAUGAUAGAAGGAAAUUCUGAGUACAAUGAAAGCAUUAUUAAAAGAUUACAUAAGGUGUUGAGACCGUUUUUAUUAAGAAGGUUAAAAUCUGAAGUUGAAAAACAAAUGCCAAAGAAAUACGAACACAUCAUUAUGUGCAGAUUAUCAAAAAGGCAACGAUUUCUUUAUGAUGAUUAUAUGUCACGGGCAAAAACUAGAGAAACUUUAGCAAGUGGAAAUCUUUUAAGCGUAAUCAACGUUUUAAUGCAACUUAGAAAAGUUUGUAAUCAUCCAAAUCUGUUUGAAGUGAGACCAACAAUAUCUCCAUUUCAUUGUGAGGGAAUAGUUCAACACAUUCCGUCUUUAGUCUACAGUUUAUUUGAAUAUAAUCCAUUAAAGCACAUAAAUUUGACAGCUAUGAAUUUGAAUCUACUCGCCAUGGAAAUCCAUCUCAGCGCUUACCAAUGUUACAGAAUGCGUCAAUACCAAUCGCCCAAACGACUUAUUGAAGAGAUUGGUUUUAGUGAUGUUGAAGAAAUUCCAUGUCCACCCCCAACAAGAUUAAGUAUGCAGGUUCGGAAAAUCGAUUCUGGAAAUAAAGAACUUAAGACUGAACCUAAGGAGGAAACUGUUAAAGCUACUGUACAGUCUAUUACUCCAGUGAAUACGAAAAUGAAAUUUCCUGCUGGUAGCGUCCAAAUCCUUCCACAAGGUAUUGUUGUGUCCCAGGCACCAACCGUCCAAUCAACAACAACUAACGUGAAUUUGUCCAGCGUUUUAAAACCAACUGAUAAAAUAACGGUACCUUCGGGGGUUGCACGUUUAGUUCAAACGUCUAUGGGAAAACACAUAUUGUUUACACCAUCAUCGGUCGCUUCAACUUCAAAUUUAAAUUUACCAAUAAAUCCUACAGUAAUGACAUCAGAUCAACGUUUUGUGAUAUCACCUUCAGUAUGCAAUCAACCUCAAGUAUUAACGAAAGCUGUAGUAAAAGUUCAUUUGUCAUCAGUUCCUACAACAACAAGUACAACAGUGACCGGUUCGGCGCCAGAAUUUAAAAUUGAAGAUCGUAAUUCUCAUCCUGCCAAAACUGUUACAUCUAAAUACAUUGAGAAAUUGUAUGCUAACAAAUCUAACAAACGUGAAUUGGACGUUCGAUGGUUGAAAAAUGAUGAAAAUAAAAAGGAUAAUGAUAUCAUUUGUGCAAGAAAAAAUCGUCUUGAUUUAUUAGCGAGAGUAAAUUCAAAACGGUGUAAUAGUAUACCAUUAUACGGUAAAGAUUUUCGUGAUGCGGUUAAAAUUACAACAAAUUCUAAGAUGACUCCAUGGGGCGAUGGGUUUAUAUAUACAGAACGUUAUAGUUCAAACUUAAACAUAGACACGGCCAAUUGUCUUCAAGAAUUAGUAUGUAACCCCGCAAAACGUAUAGAAGAAAUGACGGAAAUAUUUAAUAGAUUCAUUGUUUUUGUGCCAUCGGUGCACGCACCACAACCAGAUCUACAUGUGCGGAAACCUAUUCCAAGCAUUUACAAUCGUUUGAGAGUUGAAAAACUUGAGCUUUCCCAAAAAUUGUUAAAACCAACAACAAUAUUACACCCAAUCGUUUCUGCAAUGGUUACCCAAUUUCCCGAUCCUAGACUCAUACAAUAUGAUUGCGGUAAAUUACAAACUCUCGAUCAUCUGUUAAGAAAAUUAAAACACGAAAGUCACAGGGUAUUAAUUUUUACGCAAAUGACGAAAAUGUUGGACGUUUUGGAGGCGUUUUUGAAUUUUCAUGGUCACAUUUAUCUUCGUUUAGACGGAACGACGAAAGUAGACCAAAGACAAAUGCUUAUGGAACGUUUUAAUGGUGAUAAACGAAUUUUUGCAUUUAUUUUAUCAACAAGAUCUGGCGGUAUUGGUGUCAACUUAACCGGCGCUGAUACUGUAAUAUUUUAUGAUUCGGAUUGGAAUCCCACAAUGGAUGCGCAAGCGCAAGACAGGUGUCAUAGAAUUGGCCAAACUAGAGAUGUUCAUAUUUAUAGACUGAUUAGUGAAAGAACUAUUGAGGAGAAUAUCUUGAAGAAAGCUAAUCAAAAGAGAUUGUUGGGCGAUUUGGCGAUUGAAGGUGGAAACUUUACAACUGCUUAUUUCAAAAGUUCUACAAUUCAAGAUCUAUUUAACAUUGAUAACUCUGAAGAAUCUGCAACAACAAGAAUGUCUGAAGUUAUUGAAUGUAACCGAGAACGUGAGAAAAAUCACAUUGAAAGUAACAGUACAUCUCCAACUAUUCCUGAGGACAAAGCAGCUAUAGGUGCUUUAGAAAAUGCCCUUGCUGCUUGUGAAGACGACCAAGAUGUACAAGCUGCUAGGACAGCUAAAGCUGAAGCAGUGGCCGAUCUUGCUGAAUUUGACGAAAAUAUUCCACUUGAUGAUCAAGAAAAAGAUAAAGAACCAGAAAUUAGCAAGGCUGAACAAGAAGUGGAGAAUUUAAUUAAACAGUUAAGACCUAUUGAACGUUACGCGAUGCGAUUCAUUGAAGAAACGGAAGCGGCGUGGUCACCGGAACAACUAGCGGCAGCAGAACGCGAGAUCGAGGAGCAAAAAUUGGAAUGGGAGCGCAAUCGAUUAGCGGCAAUGAAAGAAGAAGAAGAGAGGAGGGCACGCGAGCUGGAGGAGGAUAACGAGCUGUUGACGUUCAGCAGGGAGGACGCUAUCAAUCAGGUUUGGGUUUCGGAUAAUACAAUGGAACUUAUGCCUAUGUGGUGUCCACCAACUCCGCCUCAACAAGACACAGAUGUUUACAUAGAUCAAACAAUGGCAUUCCUCUAUGAUAUAAACGUAAUGUCUGAAAGUCAACUCCCACCAGUUUACGUUAAAAAAGAUAACAAACGUAAUCGUCACGAAUCGGGUUUGGUCGACAGUCGAAGACCGUUUAAAAUUCAUAGAAAAGAUGAUACCAUGUAUGCUCCGCCUAGAUCAUUGUUUGAACGUCCAUCUCCUGCUUUAAUGAAAAUGCGUCGAGAUCAUAAGUUGCAAAAGUAUCGAGGUAUUAUACGACCGCCGGUUCCUUUACCUGGAGUUAAGUUACAACCGUCUAAACCGACGGUGGAACCGCCGUGUUUCCACAAUUGGACAAUCUAUGAAGAUAUGACUCUGUUGAAAGUGAUACAAAACUUCCAAAUGUUGCCUUUGAAUUUGAGUUUGAUUAAUCCUGGACAUACGCCUAAUUGGGAUUUUGUUUCUGAUUUCGUUAACACAGUUUCUGUGACUUAUAGAAGUCCUAAGCAAUGCAGACAUCGAUAUGAAUCGGUUAUUAUGCCUAGAGAAGAAGGAAAACAGGUGUUAGACACGUCCUCACGAAAGAAGAAAAUCAAGGGUAACUUACCGUACAAAUUUCCCACGCAGAACAAAUCUGGAAGACCUCUUAGGACUUCCCAACUCUAUGCCCAGGACAACAAUGCAACAUUUUCACAAAUUAUGACUUCACGUUUCGACGCGUUGAAAGUAAACACAACCCGAAGAACUACCACGUCCAGGUCUACAUCCACUUCCGGAACUGUGAAACUUCAUCCCAAACACGCCGCUUUAUUAAACGAUUGCGGCAUCGAUAUCGACCACCCCGUUUUACCAGGAGAUGUUGCUACGCGUCGCGCUGAACGGUUAGCUAGAGAAAAGAAACCGCAAGAUCAACAAAAUUCGCAAAGGUUGUUGAAAGGUGUUGCUGGAACCGUACAAACUCAAACAACCCCAUCACAAGCUGGAUCUUCAAAUAGUACGCAACAAACUGUUGUUUCAACCGUUAGUCAUGUUGUUACUCAAACAACCAGUAAUGUUGUUGCUGUUUCUACGACAACGAUUACUCCAAGUACACCUCCAGCUCAAGCUACAAUUCGAACGCAACGCAUAGUAGCAUCCCCACUUCAAACAACAGCUGGAGUUCCAGUGGCCAGUUUAAACGCCACUCAACUUCAGCAAACCACUCAAAGAUUAAUCGUUUCUGGAACUCCAGUCCAAGCUAAAGCCAUCGUAAGUGGCACUGCUGCUGGUAAAACAAUAACUCCAGCUCAACAGCAAAUUAUUCGACAAGCAAUGUUGAAACAGCAGCUUCGCUUACAAACGGGUGGCUUAACAGCCGCUCAAGCCGUUAAAACCACCACUGUAACAAUCGCUGGACAACCAGCUGUACAAGUUCAGUUCACUCAAGCUCAACCAAGAGCUCAAGUUAGUUAUGUAAAACAAGGAACAGCGGGUAUAAAUAAACAAGCGAUCGCUCGAGUAGCAGAUAGUGAAGUAACUCAGUUAUUAAAACAAAGACAACUUCAUCAAAAAGUGUUAACAGCUUCGUCGCAACCUUCGAGUAUUCAAAGUAUAACACCCCAAAGUUUUGUACAAACUAUACAGCAGGCGGGAAGUUCAGGAACGCAAGUUGCGACUUUGGUGAAAGCAGUAUCAAGCACCGGGGUAACACAGACUGUGACAAUUCCUGUAACUGGGGUAACUUUGGGACAAGUUAAAGCCUUAGCACCAGGUGCCACUAUAAAAACGAGUACACCCCAACAAAUCCGACACAUUCAAUUUCAACAACAAAUGUUGGCCCAGAAGAAAAUAUUUAAUCAAAAAAUUGGAAUCGCUCAAGUUACAGGGAAACCUGGUGUGUCGACCCAAUUAAUUGUUGGAUCAAAACCCUUAACUGGACCACUUAAUAUGCAACAAUUCCAACAAGUUAUUAAAACACCUCUAACUGUGCAACAAACUCCUGUGGUGUUAGCAAAAGGUACACCAAGGGUUAUUCCUGUAAAUACUGGACAAGGAAAUAAGCCAACAAUACAAGUUGUAGCUGCGACAUCUCAAGGUAUAACAACAACAAUACGUCCUCAAGGAUCUUCAACACUUGCAGGAGCAUUGGCAGGUUUAAAAGUACCUUCAAAUGUAACAUCACCAACUCAUUUAUUGUCGCAAGUAACAGCAGCGUUACAAAAUCAAUCUGUUGUAAGACAAGGUAGUCCCGUUCGUAUACAGACGUCGUCUGGCUCGGGAAUUAAUACAAAUAGUCCUAUUGUGACGGUUUCGAUGCAAUCGGGUGUUACCGUUAAUCAAACGGUAUCUUCACCCCAAUCGAAUACCGAAAAAGACCGCGAACAAGUAAGUAAUAGGCUUUUAAAAAAAUAAUUUGAUCCGUUUUUCUUUUGUAAUAAUUUACUACUGAUGUUUUCUUUUGUAAUUGUAUCGUUAAUGUACUGAAACAAACCUUAAGAAAAAAAAUAUGUUAUAUAAAACGUGUAUAUAAUAAUUAUAAUAAAAUAGUCUUUUUGUUGGUAUUUUGUUUAGGUUACUUUCAGCACAUGAACGUAAGUAAAAUGUUUUUCUUUUUCGUCAUUUCAGUAUUCCAACCGUUAAUUCCAUUAUUUAUAGUAAAAAAAAAUACUUAAAUUAUAUCGUUUUUGUUUAUAGUUUAACGCUAAGCGAUUUUCUUACUCAUAAUAAUUUGUAAAUGUUAUCCUUUUUCUCUUAUCUGUGAUAUGUUCUACUAAAAUUGGCCCUCCCAAAUUACGAUGAACAAUAAAAGGGAUAAACGCAUUUUUUAUGCUUUUAGUUUUUUUUUUCAUUCUCUAAAGUUUUUGUAGUACAUUUGUUUCUUAAAUAAACAUUAUACGUUUCUAAA